AUGCACGGGCUCGACCCGGGCGGCGCGAGUGCGUGCUUCACUUCGUCAGAGCGCCUCUCCGACACGGAGUUCGCAGACGACUUCGAUCCGUCAUCUCCUCCCGGCCCGUCAUCUUUUCUGACGGCCGCCGACGACAUGGAAGCGCGCCUCUCCCGCCCGUCCCCGCACACGCGGAUCCCGGAGGCGGAAACUCCGCGCAAGAGCGACGGAGGGGGCGCGGUAGGGGACGGCGCAGGCGGAAUGUGCUGGUCGCCGGCGUGGCUGCCGAGCGAGGAGGACAUUUUCAACGACCCAAUCAGCGGCGACAGCACAAUGCUGCACGAAGCGCCGCCUUUUGUGGGAAACAGCGGCGGGAGCGGCGGAAGCCGCGGGUACCAAGGAGAAAGCGGACCGGGGAUAGGCACUGGGGCGAUGCCGGCAGUAUCUGGCGGCGGGAAUCGCGGGAUGGCGGGUAUGAGUGGCGGAAAUAGUCCGUUUGAAGUUAAUCUGUCCGGGACAGACUCGGCUGGUUUGCUGCUCUCGCGCACUUCGCCGAUGCCUGGGAUGACCGUGCAGGAUCUAAUCAUGGCAGUUGACUCGGUGAGCUUCGCGACCCCUGCGCCGCACGGCAGCCGCGCGAUCGGCGGCGGAUCGGACGGCGGGUCGUUCAACAACGCCCUCUCGUACACUAACGGGCCGUCUAGCAACAACGCGCCGUCUUCUUACACCAAUGCACCCUCCUUCACUAACGGCCCGUCGUACGCCGCCAACCAAUCGCCGGAGCCCUGGUCCCUCACCUCCUAUUACGACACGCCCGUUUCCGAUAUCCUCUGCGAAACCGGCCAGGCCUCCACGUCAGCACGGCCCUUUGACAUGAGCAGGCAUGCCGGCAGCACUGGCAACAACUCAGCAGUGACGGUCAAGGAAGAGGCGACCAGGGCAUCAUCCUCACCUGGGGGAGGUGCAUCUGGUGGUGCAGGCGUGCCUAGAGCAGGUGCAUCUGUGGACCUGACGUGCGAGGAGGACGAAUUUAAGCUGAGCCUGGAUGCUGCCGAGGAAAACGAUGGUGGGGGAGCAGCUGCAGCAGGAGGAGGAGCAGGAGGAGGAGCAAAAGGAGGUGCAUUCAAGCACGCAACUUUGAAAACCGACCCUAACCCCACGGGGCACAGUGACACGGUCAUGCAGCUGCAGUACGCUGGGGGCAACGGGCCGCUGGGCUUCGGAUACAAGAUGGUCCCCCGCACUGCUUCAAUGACCACCACCGCCCCUUCCUCCCUCCCUUCUCUGGCCGGCGGCGCAUCGUCAGCAGCACCAGACUCAGCCUCCGCAGCAGGUGCAGCUGCACAAGCGGCACGAGGAGGGGGGGACGUGGGCGGGUUUAUGGAUGAGAUGGAGGAGGAUGAGGAUGACGACAUGAUGGGGGGCGGAGUGGGCGGGUACAGCCGCAAGCGGGGGUUUGUGCAGAACGCUGCGGCGUCGGCGGCGAGGAAGCGGCGGCACGACAUGAACCACCGCGUCAAGCGCCUGCUGGACCUCGUGCCCGUCUCCAAUAAGGUGAGUUACCAUUCCAAGGUGAUUGAUUACCCUUGUGCGCAGCUCCAUUAA